CCGAAUGAGAAGCCAUGAUGUUUUGAUCUUGUGCGGCAAUAUAUUCUACCGACUCGUCAUGCAAUUUAUGUAAAAAUGAAGUUUUUAUUGGUUCUCAUUUUGGUGAUUUCACCUAUAGUACUAUGCAAAGAAUCAAUCAAUGAUUUGGUACAUCUUUUGGACGAUCCCAAGACCUUGUACGAAAUUGUGAAGCGAUUAGGUGACAGCGAUUUGGCUUCAGAACCAGAUUAUGACAGCAAAACACCGAAUGAUAAUCAAGAUUCUUCGGAGGGUUGUAAAUACAAAAACUUUACGAAAACAAUUAUAAAAACAAAAGCAUCUACAAAGGCUGGCGCUCAAUUUUUAGAUUCAGUAGAUGGACUAAAAAGCAAUUAUGAAUGCGUUGAAAGGUGCUGUUUAUUAAACGGCUGUGAACUUGCUGUGUAUGAAAAUAAGGAUGAUAGAAACUGUUAUUUAUUUGCCUGUAAAGAGAAGACAACUGGUAAAAAUCUCUGUGAAUUUGCAAGUCAUGAUGAUUAUAUUUCUACAAGUGUCAGCCAUUCCGUCAAAAUUAAAGUUUCACAGGGUAGAAAUAACCAUGAGGAUGACCUACAAGAUUUAUCAGAUGGUAAAAAACCUGAAGUAAAAAUACCCCCUACUCCCUCCCCUACUACUACUACAACAUCUACAACAACAACAACAACUACCACACAAAAACCUGAACUACCCCAUUCUGUACCUCUUGGUGAUAAAUGUAGAAGUGAAAUUGGUUGUGAAGAUUCCCAUGCUUUAUGUAUAUCUGAAACAUGUUCCUGUAGAAGUAACUAUUAUAAUAAAAGGGGCACGUGUCGUGAGGUUUGUGGACAUUCCCGAUUUGAGUGCCAGGUUGUUGGUCUUGACGGACCUGACUGCGUUCGUUUAUCUUUAGUUUGUGAUGGCACCAAGGACUGCAAUGAUGGGUCAGAUGAGGUCAACUGUCAAACAGAAGCUCCUCUUCCCAAAUUUCCUUGGCAUAGUAAAUUUAGUGGAUUUGGUUCUAAUUUUGAUUCCAAAUUACGAACAACAGUUUUAGGCACAGCAACUCCAGAGGAAAAUAUUAACUCGUUGCCAGUUGUUCCUUCUGCAGAUACAGCAGCCAUAAAUAGAGAAUUCCAUCAACAAAAGGCAUCCAUGGAUGUUGAGAACCAAGAAAUUCAGUCUAAGAAGCUGGAUUCAGAUAUUCAAAAUAUUAAAGAUCUGAGUCCUGAUGUUAAUUCUGAAGAAGAUUCACACGUGAGACAUGAUAAUGGAGACCAAGUAUCGAAUGACAACCAGUUGGAAAAUGGAAGCCCAGAGAUAAUUGUGCCUACUACAACUUUCAGACCCGAGCCAAUAGUGGUUUGGCCAGAUAGUUCGACAGAUGAAGAAGUUAUUUUACCAAAACAGGAUCAUCAUCAAAAUUCUGUAAAUCAAGUUAUCAAACCACCAGAAAGUGUUUCUCCAAGAAAAGAAACAGCUUAUCAUUAUCAUGAAGAGGUGCCACUGGAGACCUACGUUCCUGAUAGUAAAUUCUCAUUUCAAGGUAAAAAAGGACCAAGUUACUAUGUAGCCAAUCAGAAACAGCCGAAUGAUAAUGAUGUCAAUGUCAUAAGAAAGACGGAUGUCAAGAUAGUGAACCAGCCUAAACCAAUCCCGACACAGAAUUCUAGACCAGUACAUGAUGCCCACAUGAGGACAGACCCUUUAGCUAGCAAUUCUCAAGAUGUCGAUCUCCAAGCUCAACAGCCAGACAUUCGAGGAAGAAAAUAUCCUGAUAAUCAGAUUUAUCAAGGGUAUGGGUCAUACAACCAACCUCAAUAUCGGCCACAUUAUUCACCAGAUCUAACUGGCUCCGAUCUGAAUGAUCGACAAAGGGACAGAACUCCAUAUAACAGAAUGUAUUCCAACAAUAGGCCCAAACCCUAUCAACCUCAACCAUAUCCUUCUCGUCAAGGUUACCAAAAUCCACCACCAGCUCAUAACCAGUUUCAGAAUUAUGUGUAUGAUUAUCCAGACUAUGAACCAUAUCAGAAUGAGAAAGAAGACAGUGGUAGCUCAGAUCGUCAAUAUUUUCCAGGUUUAUUCAAUAUGUUUAAUAGUAAAGAUGGUAAAAAGACUCCAGGUAAAAUACCAAACACAGAAGUUAAACCACAUACGUCACCAAAAGAAACAGAUACAUCAAAAGAAAAUCAUGUAAAGACAAACACCCAAUCAGAAGAAAAAUCAACAUCAGAUGCAGACAAAACACAUAAAUCAAAUUCGGUGGAAACAGACGAAUCAAAGUCAACAGACAAUAACGAAUCAAAGUCAACAGACAAUGAUGAAUCAAAGUCAACAGACAUAAACACACCAAAUUCAGCAGACACUGACACAUCCAACUCUGAAGAAACAGAGAAGAACACAGAUGAGAAAGAUAACGAGAAUAAUCAAACAGAUAAAAAUACAAAAAUACACAAUGAUAAGGUGACCACUGUUGAAAUAGAUACCAUCCAGGAGCAGUCAUUGAUUGUGACAAAAGAAAAGGUUAUUGUGGCCAGUCCUAUUAGUCAAGCAGAGGGACCAAUCAUUGCUUUAUCUCUUGGAUUAGCCUUAACUUUCAUAUUACUGGUUUUUGUUGCCUGUAGAAUGAGAACUAUUAAAAGGCGAUUGCGAAAAGGUCGCGUUUUACACAGCAAUGAGGCUGAUUAUUUGAUAAAUGGAAUGUACCUAUAAAAAAUAUGACCACAAAAAAUUUGAAAAUGCAAAUAAAAUUAAACAUUUAAAUUUUGAGACAAAAACUUUUCUCAUCAUAUAUAUAUAUCGUAAAGUUUUUUCGAAAGUAAACCAAUUUGAGUAGAUACUAAAAAGCUGAAGGUGAAUUAUGUAUGUAAAUUGUUUUCUCAUUUGUUUUUAUCCACCGGUGUGAUAAAAGAAAUAGACGAUUUCUUUCAUGGAAAUAGACGAUUUCUGGGAUAGACAUUUUAAAGUAAUUGCGAUUUGGUAUUUUUUAAAAUGUUACGGAAAAUGUAUAUUGUAUUGAUUGUAAGAGAAACUUAAAACAAAAAGUUUGUAAUGUAAUGAAAAUUAAUUUGCAAGAUGUAUUAUAUUAAAUUUUAACGACGGUCACUACCAUAUUAUUACAUUAUAUACAUGAUAAUUAGAAAAUAGUUAAACAUCUAUCUUUUUUACAUUUUUAUACAUGCAGAAGUCUGCACCUAGAUAAAUAUUUGACAUUAUAUAAAAAAACAUUAUUUUGUAGACAUCUAUCCAAUCCCAGCUUAUAGAUCUAGAUGUAAGAAUUAAAAACAUAAUGCACUAGCUCUUCCAUAAUUAAUGUACAUAGAUAUAAUUAUGAAGCAUGUUCUGUGUAUUUAAAUGUUUAGUGUUCAUGAUUAUGCUACUUUCAUUUUCAAGGACUACCUGUGAUGGUCUGCCUUAAUGACUUAACAUUCCUGUUAUCUAGUUCUCAUUUUAAAAUCAAUUAUCAGAAUUUACUCAACACAUAAUCGAAAUUGAUAAUGUGGAUAUCACAAUUUGAUUAAAAUGAGACAUCACUUAAGUUAGCAUUUUCUUUGUUAUUCUACUUGACCUAACAAAUUGUAUGUAUGUAUUGUUUAGAGGGCUAAGUAAUGUGGUAAAGUUAUAGGAUUGUAUGCCAUAAAUAUAACUCUAGUCAGAAUAAAGUUUUAAAAUUAGAAAAAAUAAAAGAAGCAAAAUUGUAAUCAAAUUGUAAUCAGAUUGUUUAUAUCUUAAAUUAAGGGAAAACAAAUAUUGAAUUUCUCUGUGAAACUGGUAUUGUGUAACUUGAUAAAUACUUGUACUAUGGAAUUCAUUUCGUUUCACUUAACAACUUGCAGAAUAUGAUCAGGUGCUACAUACACACCUGCCCUAAAUUGACUAAUGUAUUUCUGUGAAUGUAAUAUGUUUUUAUUUGUAAUAUAUAUGCAAUGCAGUGAUAAUCCAUGAUAUUCUACUUAAUUCAAAUCCUAUAUUUUCGUAUUGACUAACUGUAGAAUUCCUUAUAAUGGGUAGACAGGGUUGGAAACCGCAACAUGAAAUUCAGGAAAUGGAAGGAGAGAUAAAGUUUGUCGAUCAAACCCUCUCCUAUGCACAAUCUUGUGUAUGCCUUUUUGGCAAAGGUAGGAAUUAGAAGUGGCGUAUUGUCAAAAUAAAUGUAUGUGUAUUGGCUUGUGAUCCCUUCUAUUAUAAUUAUUGAUAAAUCCAUUAUUAUGAAAUUUACAUUUACUUUAUUUUCUGUUUAUUCCUAUAUUAUUUGUGUUCAUAUAAUUUUAACUUUCAGGCCUGGGGUCAUGAAUUUAGCUUUUGCUUAAAUGAAGAAAAAUCAAAUUUUUGUAUUAAGUUGAAAUAUAUGCUAUUUUGAAUUACAAUUACAUAUUUUACUUUAAAGUGCAACAAACAAACCACUGAAAUUUAAUUAACACUUAAUAAAGAUAAGAUUUUUUGGCAUAGGGGAUCCCAAUUGACCCCAUAUUCCUUCAAAUCAAACUUGUGUCGCAUAGGGCAUCAUUUUAUUUUCACAUUCGUUCAAAUCAAGUUUUUAUGGUAUAAGGCAUCCCAAUGGUUUCCACAUUCCUUCAGAUUAACCGUUUAUGGCAUGGGGAAUCUCAAUUGUUCUCAUAUUCCUUCAAAUCAAAAGUUUAUGGCACAGCGAUCCCAAUUAUUCUCACAUUCCUUCAAAUCAAACUUUAUGUUAUUAUUGUUUAAUUGUUUUCCCAUUCCUUCAAAUCAAACGUUUAUGACAUAGGAAUUCUCAAUUGUUCUCAUAUUCCUUCAAAUCAAACGUUUAUGGCAAAGGAAUCCCAAUUGUUCUCACAUUCCUUCAAAUCAAACUUUAUGUUAUUAUUGUUUACACUGUAUUUAAUUAGUUUAUUAAUGUUUUUAUUCUUUAUAUUAUACUCUUAUUACAAUGAUGAAAAUAUUUAUUUCUUAUUAGAACUAUCUAUGGUAUAUUUAUUAGGCAUUUGUGAUAUAACUUUGGUUGUGUUUAACUUUUCUACCAUUUUUCAACAAGUUAUUUUCAUUGAAUAAAAAGCCAUAUUCUCUUUGUAGUUAGCAUAAUGUGAAUGUAAUAGACACAGUUUGGCUUUUUUCUAGUUAAUAAGGAAAAUUGUGAAAUAGUAAUUGUGUGGUUGCAUGUACCUAUGUAAUAAAGACCAGUUCGAAAAAACGAGAGAAAUAUUAUCUCUUUAUGUGUGAUAUUUCUAUAAAAAAAGACAAAUAUUGGGUUAAUAUUUUCCAAAACUUAUUUUCCUAGCAAGUUAACUUUGUGUAGAUUUAUGUACUUCUUCAAUCUGAUUAAAACACAGAUCCUAUUUUGUUUCAUUUCUUAGAGUUCAAAAUUUCGUUUUACUUGUCCUUACUACACUAGGAUCUGGAAGAGUUGUUAUAUAACCCACAUUCUGAGAGGGAUUAGCCAAUGAAACGGUCUGUUACAGCGAGUGUUUGGUGUGUGAUGCAUGGAACUAUGGGUAACCCACUAGAAACAUCAACACUGAUUGGUUAAUCAAAUGUCUGACGUCAUAGGGUCAAAAGUCGCUCGUAUGACCUCUGACACAAUCUUCCACUACAUCCGGUCAGAUCUUCAUGUAGUGUAGGCCAUCGAAAGUAUAAAAAAAACGGAACGAAAUAUACAUCUGUAUUUUAAUCAGAUUGAUACUUCUUCAAGUUCAUGCAUGCAACCACAGAACUGGCACUGUUCCUUAAGGCAUUCACUUGCAAUGAACAUAUUUUAGGCUAUAUACUAUUGGAAUAAAAUGUUGCUGAUCUGAGCUAAAGAAAUUAUUGUGAAGUUCCUGUGAUGGACUAAAAUGUGGAUAAAAUACACAAUUCUAUUGAACAACUUUCAAGAAUGGCUUAGAAUUCAGCUCAAAAUUUGUAGUACUGGGCCCUUAUUCACGAAAACUUAAAUUAAGAUACAAUCGAAAUUUUAAGAAAUACUGCAAUUCGAUUGGCUGACUAGUAAAAUCAAUUUGCAUAUAUCCAAUGAAGUUGCAGUAUUUCUUAAAAUUUUGGUUGUAACUUAGUUUAAGUUUUCGUGAAUAAGGGCCCAGGUACUUUCUUUUAAGAUUAGUCCAUUAUGCCUCUGCAUGGAGUCUUUACAAUAAUUUCAGACAGUUUAAAGAGAACUGUUUUUGAUAUAUGUAUUUUUGGCCAGCGAGCGCCUCAAUCUACAAGCAUUAUAUUUCAGUGUGUUUAUUUAUAUAGAAAUAGAUUGUUAGUACUGUACUGUUGUCUGUGAUAACAACACUAAUGAAUAAUAAUGUUAAUAAACUAUUUUUCAUGUUAA